AUGAUCUCACUUACUAGACGAUUCUUAUUUCAAAUUUUGAAUAUUCUUUUUUUAUUAGUUAUCAUCGCACAAUCCGCUCCAAUUGCAGUAUUGCUUAAUGAACCAUCACAAACGCUUACCUUUAAAAACCUUAAUAAACGAUUUAUCGUGCCUUUUAGCGCCGGCAUUAUUGGAUUGGGUAUGAAAAAAAUUCCAGAAGGUACAACCUUCGAUGAAUCAA